CUUCCCCAGCAGUCCUCCCCGGCCAAAAAUCCACCCCACCCACCGGGACACCUUCAAACCGACCCAAUUUGCCAACCUCACAGCAAUUGACUCAUCUGCCAAAUAGAACCGAAAGAAAAACACACCAACAAUGCCAUCAAAGCGCUCCACCGCGGCGGCCUCCCCAGCCGCAUCAUCAUCCCCAUCAACAACAACAGCGACAACAACAACAGCAGCAGCAUCCACGCCCAAACUCUCCUCCGGCCCCAAGACCCUCUCCACCAAUUCCUCUGCUUUUGAGAUCGCGCAGCAUGUCUGGCAGCAGUACCUGACGUCCACGCCGCAGCGCACGAAAAUGCUGGAUGCGUUUAUGGGCUUCCUGGCGCUGAUUGGGGCCGUGCAGUUCUUGUACUGUGUUCUUGCGGGGAACUAUCCCUUCAACGCCUUCCUGAGCGGCUUCUCCGCCUCCGUCGGCCAAUUCGUCCUCACUGCCAGCUUGCGCAUGCAGACCACCAACGGGGGUUCCGGCUCCGGCUCCGGCUCCGCAUCGAGUGGAAAAGCAGCAGGGAAGGGGAAGAGCGGCGGCAAGUUCAUGAAUGAGAGUGGGGAGGAGGGCAUUUCGCAUGAAAGGGCCUUUGCUGAUUUCGUCUUCGGGAGCUUAAUUCUGCACUUCUUCUGCAUUAACUUUAUUAACUAGUGGGAUUACUUCUGUUCAUCCCUGGUGGAUGUGGGUGUGUCUUACUCUCUGCUCUGGGGGUUAGGGAUGGAUGGACGGCCUGGUUUGGUUUGACUCUAUCGUUAUACCUCCUAGCCGGAUUGUCGGACUAUGAAUUGUCUCGUCUUGUGCGGAAUUGAAUGCUUGCCGUUUGACUUACAUGCUAUUUGUAUACCUAGUUUUGAAGCGAACAUCUGUUUGUCUGUCUACCUAUCUGUGUAUCUACAUAUGUAUUCAUCAGUAGGCCUCGUUGGAUUCGCAUUCGUGGCUGGAUUCUGUAUGCUACGUAUAUUCUAUGUCUAGAC